UUAAUAUGGCAAAGUGUUGAUAUGUAGAUAAAGUCCACAUUCAUAUCGGCACACAGCGCACUGCAGAACGAUACGCCUCAGCAGGUCAGCUACUAGCUUGGGAAUUAGCUACAUCGAUGCUAAGGAAAUAGCAUUGUUUACAGAACACGAGCAUGGACUAAAAGUGAAGCCGGUGGCCAUAAAGAAAAGCGAACCAGCUAUGUUGACGUGAGAUAAGACACCGAAAGGCAGCUAUGUGUGACUAGACUACAAGGAACAUGCUACUCUUUUUAGAAGACACGCCCUGCCUCAUUUCGUCUUACCCAUGUUUCAACAAAUAUACAGAAAACUUAAUAAUAGCGUCUCCUUGAGUUUUCUACGUGUUCGUGUUCUAGUCUGCAAAUACUCAGGCCAGCAGCAAACUCCCUUUCACAUUCUGUUCAACUCCGUCGUAAAGGUAGUUGCUCCAGUCACACCAAAAUGGCUGCAAAGGUUUUCACAGUGGACCUUGCACAGGCUAUUUCAUCAAAGGAACAACAUGUUCAUCUAUCUGCAUAUCCUUCUGGAGUGCGCUGUGUAUGCAGAAUUCACCUACGAGGUGUUCGGCUUCUGCAGGGAGAUGGACACCACUCUGACCAGCCUUUCUGUGCCUUACAUCCUGCUGGCCAUCAAGACCUUCUUCUUCUACCUCUGCAUCAAGAGAGAUCCAGGCACAGUGACAAAGAAGAAAGUCGCAGGCCAGCUGCACAUCUAUCCAUAUGACUGGAGAUUGUUUCACCCGGGUGUCUCCUGUCCGACCUGCCAGCUCGUCAAACCGGCUCGGUCCAAACACUGCAGGGUCUGCAACAGGUGUGUCCAGCGUUUCGACCACCACUGUGUCUGGGUGAACAACUGCAUUGGUGCUCUGAACACACGUUACUUCUUGCUUUACCUCUUCAGCGUCUGUGCCAUGGCAGGCGACAUCGCCCUGCUGACGGCAGAUAUGCUGUUUCAUGCCGUACUGCGCUCAGGGCUCCUGAGGGCCAGUUACAUAGAUGAAUAUGGCGAGCAGCAGCCGGCAGGGCCUCUGUUUGUCGUACAGCAUCUGUUCCUGACCUUUCCCAGAAUCGUCUUCAUGUUGGGCUUUCUGGUCUUUGUAUAUUUCCUGCUGGCGGGUUAUGCCCUGUUCCAUUCCUACCUGGCCCUUGUCAACCAGACCUCCAACGAGUGGUACAAAAGUCGAGGUUACGUUUGUCAGCACUGUCACCCAUCUUCAACAGCAGACCCUCUCCAUAGUCCCGCACCAGACCACUCUAAAAGACACUACUACAGCCGAGGGCUUCUCAGAAACCUGGGGGAGAUUUUCUUCCCUCCACAGCCUGUUCAGAAAAAAGACAACUGAAAAAAGAUACUGCCCCUUGUGUUGUUAUGCUGCAUUUACUGUACAUCCCCUCGGAUUUACUUUCCCUAACAACUUCUUCCGAAUGGAGAAAUAAAGUUUAGGU